UUAUCGGCCACUCUCUAGUCUCUUCCCGCCAAUUUUCCUCGCCAUUCUGUCCAUCCCGAACGGGUAAUUGGAGUUGUUGAUUGUCGAUUAUUCAAUUUCGUAUUGGUAAUUUAUAGUGAUUUAUAUUGAUCAUGGUGAUCGAAACGCAAUCCCUGGAGAAGUUUCGCCUGAUGAACGAGAACGGUGAGACUCCCACGUUCGAGAGAGCAACUGUGGACUUGAAAAACUUCAGUACAAGAUUCAGUCAACAGAAUAAACAAUUCUCCAAACAAUUUUUCCAUGUUUAUGCCUGCAGACUCGAAGAGUUGAGGGGAAGUCUUACGGAGAAUGCUCAUAAAAAAUGGGGAGAAGACGUAAAAAUCCUGAAGCUAUCAGAAUUGGAGGACCUCGAGAACUCUCGUUGCGUAAUAAUAGGUACGAUGUUCAAACACCAGUUGUGGAAGCCAUCGAUCCUGCGAGAGCUGAACGAAGAGACUCAGGAUUCCGGAGUGAUCCCCGAGAAGCACGAGAAUUACUGCAGCGAUAAGGACGUUCCUUUCUUGGAAGACGAAAUGUUGAGAAUCAAGAUAGUGGGUCCCAGAGUGGAAAUAUCAGAGAUAGUGACUGGGAUAGUGGUGGCAGUCCUGGGGCAGAAGCUGGAGGAUGGGACCUUCGAGGUUGAGGACUGGUGUUAUCCAGGAUGUGCGCCGAAGGGCAUUCGAAAUGAUGCAGUGGUCGAUGGAAAAGUCGUACUGGUCUCUGGGCUGGAUUUAGCUCAUCAUUCAGGUACCCUGGCCCUGGAAUUCCUCACAGAGUGGAUCACGGGGAUGGCGGGAACCCUGACAGCUCAAGAAGACAUCUCUAAGAUCGUCAAUUUCAUAAUCGCUGGGAACAGCGUGAAGACUACAGCCUCGGAUUGCUACACCUCGACGAAUGGUCUCAUGACGAACAGAGCUCAGGAGUCUGCGGAGGCCUCUGAAAUCUCCUCGGCAGUGAAAAAACUUGAUGAAUUAUUAAUGAAUAUCCUUGAACAUUGCCCCGUCACCCUCAUGCCAGGACAGCACGAUCCCACAAACCUCAUGCUUCCUCAGAAGCCCAUUAACCGUUUCAUGCUGAAGGGCGCCCACAAGUACGAGAACUUCAGGGGUGUUCACAACCCCUGGGUGGCCACCAUCGGGGGCAGGAUGUUCGCUGGCUCCAGUGGACAACCCAUCGAAGACAUUAUGAGGGUGUGUGGGGAGGCGAGUAAGACAACCCCCGUGGAGUGGCUCGAGAGAACUCUCCUCUGGAGACACUAUUGUCCAACUGCCCCCGACACUCUUCCCUCUUAUCCUUAUCAUGAUAAGGAUUUGUUUAUCAUGCAGGAGUGUCCGGACGUUUAUUUCGUGGGGAACUGUGAGAAAUUUGAGAGUAGAAUGUUCAAAGGUGAGAAUGGAGAGGAAGUUCGAGUAAUCUCUGUACCAAAAUUCUCCACGACCAAUACAGCAGUCGUCCUGGACCUGAAAACCCUCGACGUCAAUCCCAUCUACUUCCAAAAUAAUUAAUCAAUUAGUAAUCAUAAUUUUUAUACUGUUAUACGCCUCAAGUACUCGAAUUACACAAAGAAAAAAAAACUCUUGACUUGGCACUUUUUUAUUUCAGUGUUUGAUGAAUCGUCCGAAAUAUAAAUACAUUUCACUUUCCAUUCAUUUUGUUCCUGUUUGUUGUAUAAAAGAAAAAAAGCUGAUGAAAACAAAUGCGACCAGUGAGAUUCAGUGUACGCUCUCGAGAACAAUUAAUUUUCCCUAUUUCCGAAAAACCUUACAAAUGAUGGGAGAUACAGGGCAUAGAAUCGCAUUCAUGACUAAUUAAACAGUGAAUUCUGAGUUAAAAAUGAAAAAAACUUGACAUAAUAUCAGUUCUCUAAACGCGUUUUCAAUUUCAUUUACUAGUGAAGAAAGACGGCAUUAAAUUGAAUUAAAUUAACAUUCGCUGCACUGCUCGACAA